AUGGGCCGUUUGGGCUGGGUCCUCCUCACCCUCCCAGCCCUGCUUUCCCAGAUCAGUGUACCAGCAGCGGCCCAGAAGCCACCUGGGCUAAGUGUGGGGGUGAUCUUGGGUCAGACGAGGCCAAUCAGUGACCAGGAUAUAAUCCCGGUGAGGCGGAACGACGACCCUGUGGAGCUGACCGUCACCACCCUGAGAAUCAACCAGACAGACCCCAAGACUGUCAUCACACAGGUGUGUGAGCUGCUCCAGAAGAAGCCUCUCCAUGGCCUUGUCUUUGCUGAUGGGUCGGACCAGGAAGCUAUCUCUCAGAUCCUGGACUUCCUGUCCUCUCAAACAUCACUUCCUGUCCUGGGGGUGUAUGGGGGAUCCUCCAUGAUCAUGGCCGACAAGGAUGUGGAGUCCACAUUCUUCCAGUUUGGAGCGUCUCUGAUGCAGGAGGCGUUACUGAUGAUGAAUAUCAUGGAGGAAUAUGACUGGCACAUCUUCUCUAUAGUCACCUCUAAGUUCCCCGGGUACCAGGAGUUCAUUAAUGUCCUGCGUGUGACGGUGGACCACAGCUUUGUGCGUUGGGACCUUCAGAGCGUCGUCACGCUGGACGCUGUGGACGGAGACGCCAACUCUAAAGCUCAUAUCCAGCUGAAGAGGAUCCAGAGUCCUGUUAUACUGCUGUACUGCUCCAAGGAGGAGGCUAGGUAUAUAUUGGAAGAGGCCAGGUCUCUGGGUCUGACUGGGUCGGGCUACAUCUGGAUCGUACCAAGUCUGACCACAGGGAACCCCGACUUCACCCCAGACAUCUAUCCCCUGGGGAUGAUCUCUGUGUCCUACAACGAGAUGGAGUAUCCCUUGGAGAGCCGCCUUAGAGACGGAGUGGGCAUCAUCGCCACGGCAGCCGUCGCCAUGCUGAGAGAGAAAGGGGAGGUGCCAGAACCCCAAGGGAACUGCUACAGCCAAUCAGAGAAGGGAAAGACUCUGCCCAGCGCCCUGAGAGGGUAA